AUGUCUUCUCAAGUAGAUGUACAAGAUGGAGCAGACGCUUCUAAGCUGUUGCAUGACUUCAAACUCGUACGAGUGCUCAACGAAGAUGCGAGAAGCAAAAGUGCAAUCUUGCUUGGCAACUUUCCCACUGGCGAAGCUGGUUCAGAACAAGCAAUCGUGAUUAUGGAAAAGACGCAUUUCUCCAAUUCGUUCUAUGAAAACUUGUCGACCGAUGCUGACAAAAGCUCAAGCUUGUCCAAUUUCAAAAGUCUUGGAUCAAAUGAUGUAUAUCAUUGGGUUCUCGGUUGGAUGGCCACGCCAAACACUGCUUCAAGCGAUGUGGACGCACACGUCAAAUUGACAAUCAUUCGUCCAGCAACGGAAGCACACAUUCUCAAGUAUACAGAGCAAGAAAAGUUCAUGGUAACAGAGACACCAGAGACGUAUGCUGGGAUCGUUGAACCUUGGAUCAAGAAUCAGCCUGUCGAACGCAUUCAAUGGGUAUACAACAUCCUCGAGAAGAAAAAAGAAGCCGACACGAUCUUGUUUGAACGUCAAGGUAGCUCAGAUGGAUUCAUCAUCUUGCCUGAUUUGAAAUGGGAUCAAAAGACAUUGUCCUCUUUGUAUCUCGUUGCUAUCGUUCAUGACCGCUCGCUUCGUUCUAUGCGAGACUUGAAGAAGGAACACAUUCCACUUUUACGUUCAAUCAUGCAAGAAGGUCAACGUGUCGCAAAGGAGAAAUUUGGGCUUGGCAAGGGCGAGAGUGAAAGCGCUGGACUGAGCAAAGUUCGCUGCUUCCUUCACUAUCAACCGACAUACUACCAUCUACAUGUCCACUUGCUCUCUUCCGAUUACACUUCUCACCCUGGCGCUCUGGUUGGACAAGCACAUCUCUUGGAUGAUGUGAUUGAUCUGUUGGAAAUGGGCGUUGAUUUCACAAAGCGUACGUUGACGUACUCCUUGGGUAGUCGUAGCCCAUUGCUUGCUCUGUUGCAAGAACAAACUAGUCACCGUCCAACAAAGGUUGCCAAACUCACAGAAUAA